AUGGCGGUGCCCUGGGAGGAGUAUGCCCGACUGGCCUUGCAAGAGAAACUGCCCACGAAGACACCAGAGCAGAAUGCGGACCAUUUCCCGCCGGUGCUGCGUCUCCUGGAGAAGAGGCAGGAGCUGGCAGACGCAGACCGGGACCUGCGGGCCCAGAAGGAGGUGUUCCACACCAAGAUGGCAGCCCUGAAACGGCGCUGGGAACAGCUGGAACAGAAGGAGCAGGAGCUCAAGGGGUCCGUUGUCCGUUUUGACAAGUUCUUGCAGGACGCCGAGGCCCGGCGCAGCCGCGCGCUGCGGAGGGCGGCGGAGGAGCGGCACCAGGCGGGCCGCCUGGAGGCGGAGGCCCUGCGGCUGCGGGCCCAGCUCCAGGAGCUGCGCGGGGAGCGCGCGCGGCUGCAACGCCGGCUGGGGCGCCGGGAGCCCUGCGCGCGCCUGCUGGGACAAGCGCUGGAGCAGCUGCCCGAGUUCCAGGAGGUCCCCGAGCUGGUGGCGCGCUUCGACGGCCUGGCGGACACGCGGGCGGCGCUGAGGCUGGCGGAGCGCGGGCGGCUGGCCGAGCUGGAGGCGGCGCGGGCGCGGCUGCAGCGGCUGCGGGACGCGGGGCAGGACGAGCUGCUCGCGCUGGGCCGGCGGCGAGCGCAGCUGCAGGAGCGCCUGGAGGCGGCGCGGGAGCGCAAGCUGCAGGGGGAAUCCAAGUGGAUUCAGAUCCAGAACACAGCGGCUGCGAAGACCCUGCUCCUGGGGCGCGCCAGCAUGUCGGUGCUCAACCUGUUCCAGUUGGUGUGCCAGCAUCGGAAGCAGCCGCCCGUCCUGGACGUUGGGGACACGGAGGGGCAGCUGGAGCAGGUGAAGCUGUUCAUCCAGGAAGUCUCUGCCAUGCUGGCCAGCCUCGGUCAUGCCAAGCCUGCGGCCCCAGCCGCCUCGCCCUGA